UUUGAUGCUCUUUGAAAUUAUUUAUUUUUGGAUUUGGAUUUGUCAGAUUAGUGAAUAAUUUGGUUUUUUUCUGGUAUUUCGUAGAAAUAAGCGUGUAAUGAUUAAAUAACUGUGGAAAUGGAAGCAAGGCUAUUUUUAUAACCAGUUGUUGUGCAUUUAUAAGUAUAAUCUAAUAUGGUGCUAUUAUAACAACAAUGACAACUGAAAGUGUCCUUGUGAAAGCUAUUUACUCCUUCAAGGGAAAGAAUAAUGAUGAACUAUGUUUCAAGAAAGGGGACAUUAUCACAGUCACACAGAAAGAAGAAGGAGGCUGGUGGGAGGGAACCCUGGGUGAGACCACCGGGUGGUUCCCAAGCAAUUAUGUUACAGAAUUUAAAGAUACAUCAGGCUCCCUCACAACAUCACCAAUAAGAGCAGUGUCAGAGAUACAAGCUUUUAGAAAUGUUGUCCUUAAAGAUAUCAUUGAUUCUGAAAAGGCCCAUGUGGCUGAAAUGCAAGGACUUGUUGCCAACUUCCUACAACCCUUGGAGAAGAGUGAUAUGCUUACAAGAGAUGAAUUUAAGCAGUUGACAGGAAACAUAUCAGAGGUGCUACAAAUACACGAGCAGUUUCUUAGUCUCCUUGAAGAGUGUGCAACAAAGACUGGACCGGACCAGCGUGUCGGAGGUCUCUUCCUGCAAUGGGCUCCUCAGAUCAAGGCAGUGCAUCAGACAUACUGCGCUGGGCACCCAAAAGCUGUUUGUGUCCUUGACAAAUACAAAGAGGACCUUAACUCGUGGAUGGAGAGUGCAGGGGCAGUGUGCCCGGGGGUGCUGGUGCUCACGGCGGGGCUGUCGCGGCCGUUCCGCCGCCUCGGCAAGUACCCGGCCAUGCUGCAGGAGCUGGCAAGGCAUGUGCACGAAGCUCACCCUGAUAGAGGAGAUACGCAUCGCGCUUCCGUGGUGUACAAGGAUAUCGCGAGCGCGUGCGCAGCGCUGCGGCGCCAGAAGGAGCUAGAGCUGCAAGUGGUGACGGGCGAGGUGCGCGGCUGGCACGGCGGCGAGAUGGCCGCGCUGGGCGACGUGCUGCACAUGGGCAGUGUGGCUGUGGGGGCGGCACAUACUGACAGAUACCUCGUGCUGUUCCCUAGUACCCUGCUGCUGCUGUCUGUGAGCAAGCGCGUGUCGGCGUUCGUGUACGAGGGCUCGCUCCCGCUAACCGGCAUAUCGGUCUGCAAGCUCGAAGACACGGAGACCAGAAAGAACGCGUUCGAGAUCAGCGGGCCGAUGAUCGACACCAUCGUGGCGGUGUGCCAGACGCGCGCCGAGGCCGACAACUGGGUGGGGCUGCUGCAGAAACACUCUCAGGGAAGUCCGGCGCAUGAGCCCGGGCAGCCCAUGUCGCUGCCUCAGAUGGCCAUGAGCGACAGCAAUAACUCCGACUUGUCAUCGGGCCUUUCGAAUCACAAACGAUCACAUUCCUUCAACAAUCAUCAAAGCUACACGCAGCACACACAACAAACGCAGAAAAACAAACAAACGAAUGCGUCCGCGCGCUGGCUGCUCAACUCCUGCGACUCUCUGGACCAGUCCUCUGCCAAAACAAAUAAAACGCCUAUCGGGAAGAAGUUUUCAUCAGUCGAUUUUAUCGACAUCGGCGGGUCGGGCUACAGCAGUAAAGGCUGGAGCGUGACGUGCCUGCGGCCGGCGCCGCCGCUGCGCCCGCAGUCCUUCGGCGCCGGCUCCGACGAGAACAUCGGGCCCACGCACCCCUACGCGCCGCACCAGAGGAAGUCCAACUCGUACGAGGAAGAUGCCCUCAUCCUCAAGGUCAUCGAGGCCUACUGCACCUCGGCACGCUGCCGCAACGCUGUCAGCUCGGCAGUGGACUACGCCCACUUAGCGCCCGGUAAAGUACACAGCCUCGCACCCGUUGCCACUAACAGAUACUUUAACUGUGCUAAACCCGACGGGCGGCGCGCGGACGACGCGGCGGCGGCGGCGCGGCUCGCGCGCGUCAAGCGCAACAAGAGCUCGUCCGCGGCCGACGUGGCGUGGGGCGGCGCGGGGGGUGGCGCGGGGGGCGCGGGGCAGGGGCGGCUGCUGGCCCAGCGCCGCCUGCAGCUCAACCGCUCCAACCCCACGCUGUGGGAGUGCGGGACCGGCGGCGGCGGCGCCGGCGGCGCGGUGCGCUGGGGCUCGCAGCCCAGCCUGGCGCCGCCGCGCGCGCCCCCCGCGCCCCCCGCCGCGCCGCCCCGCUCCGCGCGCUCCUCCACCUGGUGCUGCGCCAGCUUCAUCAAGCAGCUCAACAAGCACCACUUCGACUGACGCUCGCCCCCGCGUGACGUCACGCCGCGCCCGCGCCAGGUGCACCCCGCCGCGCCCGACCCCCACACGCGUCUCGUCUAACUCGCUAACACCCCAUAGCGUUUGUUUUGCUAUAACGACAUCUCACUAGUACAUAUUUCAACCAUUCUCCGACACCGGCUUAUUUUCAAGUCUUUAGUGCAUACUUUUUCGACGAUAGUUGUUGAUCUAGUUGGAGUUAUUCUUGGAGUUUUUUAUUAAUGAAGAUGAAAAUAUCUUCAUAAUCACAUUCACUGCGGGUGACCGUGCACACCGAUUAACCUUUUCAUUGUCAUGUCAUGGAUGCGCCGUAGUGCGGCAAGUUUUAUAUUUACACUUCAUAUUAACUGUGCAUGUAAACCGAACGAGUAUUAUUAACUUACUUGAUUGUAAACUUAUGUUAACCAAUCCAUACCAAAUAUAUCUAUGUAUAAAAUAGAUCACGUCACUUGCAUGGGUUUGUUGGUGUUCUUUGAAAGUAUAAAUAGACAAGUAUUUGGUAUAAGGAAGCAUGAAUUGAGGUAGAGGGAUGGUCUAUAAUGAUGUGAUAUGAAUAUAGGCUAGGGAUUGCAUCAUUAUCGGGGCCGAAGUAUCGCGGCGACUGAGAGUCGGGCUUCAGUAUUAAUGACUCCACGAUGAAGAUGCUACUGUUCAAAUAAGCUAUUUAACUUGCUUCUUUCAAUAUUCGCUCUUGGAAGUAUUCCUUUGUACAUUGUUUACGAUUCUUCAGUCUAAUAUAUCUACUAUAAGCAUAUUUAUUGUAGUUAGUACAUAGAAUAUUUAAGAAUAUACUAAUGGUGCUUGAAAUAUUAAUAUGUAUAAUAAUGAUUUGAUAUUAUGUAGAAACGCUUCUAGAUUGCGGCUCUAUUAUUAAUGUUGCAAAUGUAUAACGAUAUAUUUAUAAAGUUACAUAUUAUACCUAUUUGACGAGAGGUGCAGUAUUUUCUCCUUUGUAAUUCAAUACGUUACUGGUAAACGUGUACCUCCGAUGGGACUGUAGGCGGUAGUAAAUUUUGGCGUGCGCCUACGUACAUAAUGCAUUAUAGAGUUUAUUUAUGUUAGUUUUGGAGGGAGUUAACAGAUAGUGCAGCGAGUAAUCACGGCCGCGGCGCGCGCUCAUUAAAUAUUGAGCCGCUCGGUGCUGCAGAGUGUACACACGUGGACACUACGUUAAACCCGUGCCAACAAAAAUGAUGCUUUCCCGCCACAUCUCUUUAUAAACUGAAUGCCGGUCGCGGUAUCAUUUGGCUUGAUUUAACUUUCAUUGUUACAUUAUCGUUCGAUUAUUAUCCUAUCAUUUAACCGCUCAAUCGUAUUGUAUUAAAGCAGCGAUAACUUUCACAGUCAUUAUUUUCUGUCCGCGACACAAACAGUGUAGAUAUAUCGCAGUUGGAGUGGAUGGUUUUGUUCGCAGCCACAAGUUAUAAGUUAUGCUCUUUCGCUGAACUUUAACUCCCUCUGAGCGCCGGAUGCGGUUUAGCUAAGACAUAGCUUCUCGUAUUUGUAAUUUGUUGUGUAUAUUAAGUCUUCCUAUUAUUUAUUUAUACUUCUCAUUCUCUUCUUUAUGUAAACUUAAGUAUGAAUAAACUAUUAUACCUAUACAGCCUGCAUUUCUUCACUAUACAUAUUAUACACUGUUAAUUUAUGUUUAGGUGAUAUCUAUGUAUGUAUUUGUCUAAAUACGACCUUUAUAUUAUUUUCAUAUUAUGUAUUUAAUAAUAACCUAGAUCUGAAACACUUAUGAAUAUCGGAUCUCGCUCGAUGCGAGCUCGCUACUGCAAAAUCUGUAAAUUGAAAUAAUAUUUCUCCGUUAUACAUAUUUAACAACUUAACAACGUAAAAUUAUUUUAUCGCAUCAUAAACUGAUCGUUAAUGUUGUUUUAUAUUAUGUUUGUCUCAUCCUUUAUAGCUUUAAUUAAAUUUCGUACAUAAAAUGUAUAAUUAUUCCUCAUUUUACCUUCAUUAAUCUCGACCUGAAUGAAUCAAAUAAUCUGUUUGUAAUUUUCAUCUGGAAAUGACAGCAAACCGUUGAAAUGGAAUUAUAUUUCACCAAAAAAUAUACUACGCUUUCUAUUGUUCUUAUCUUGAAGCCAAUGAAAUGAAAUAAUAUACCAACCCGGGAAAGUUUAAUUUAUUGAUCAAAGGCACUGAAUUUCAGACACGCUUUGUAUUUCCCGGCGACAUAUUUUAUAUCAUGCGCUGAGAGCGAAUGUCCCACUGAGUUCAAGUUUGCUGCUAUUUCUACGUGACCCACAAAUACUAAAUCGAUGACGAAUAAUGCAGUUAAAUAUAUCUAGUGAACCUUUGUAUAUAAAUAUGUUUUCUCAGAAUAUAUAAUGUGUGUUAAACGGUAAAGCAAAAUUAUAUUUUUUAUCGAAUUUUAUUGUAGUUACACUGAAUAAAGCAUUGUAAAUCAUUUAAAA